UGUUUUUUCUUCUAUUUUCUUUUUUCGUAUUUUGUUUUCCUUUAUAGUUUCUGGUUACAAAUUCCUCGCUACCAUUUAACAGGCAACUUGUGUGCAUAGAAUGGAUCUACAACAUGUGUUAUCUUUCUCUUUUUUAAUCCUGUCACAAAUUCUACAAGCUUAUUGUCAAAGUGUUGAUGAGUUUAAAUGCUCCGUUUGCAAAAUUACAGUAGAUGAAAUUGAGUGGGAAAUUUCGAAAGUAAAUCCCAAGAAAGUAUUAGAGGUGGAAAGUUUUCGAGUUGACCCAAAAGGAAGGCAGAGUUAUACAAGCAAGAUUCCAUAUGCAAGAUCAGAGACACACCUGACAGAAUUACUAGAGAAAAUAUGUGAACAUAUGAAUCAGUAUGCCCAAUCCAAAGAUCCAAAUACAGGAAAGAUAUCCUACAUCAGAACAUCAUCCCGAGAUGGAUCUCCUGUUAAUUUGUCUAAUAUUUCUCUAAGUGGAGAGAUAGCAAAGAAGCUCAAAACUGCAUGUGAAGAUAUUUUUGGUGAACAUGAAGAAGAAGUCAUUGAAGUACUAAAAACUGAGCAUGCAAAUCAACAAGAAGCAGUUUGCCGAGAUACAUUACAUUUUUGCCCACAACAAUCCAAGARUAAUGAAUUAUAAUGUUGAAAUUCCACAGACAAAUAAAGUUAUAUCACAAUAAAUUACCAAAUUAUACAAUUUCCAAAAUUUCAAGGUGUUCCACUCAAACUGCAAAAUAUUGGACUYCUGCACGAGUGAAAGAGUUACAGAAAUCUAUGAACAAGUGUUUUUACUGAAAUGAACUGCCAAAUUUUUUUAAAAGUUUAACUUUAAUAGUAUUUUGGAAAAAUAUGUUAUGCAUAUGACUGCAGUAUUUGAUAUUAGAAUGUUUACACUAUUUCAUGACAAAUUAUGUUUUCCCAAUGGUCCCAAUUUAUUAUUAUUAAAUAUUAUAUUAAUAAAAUGGA